AUGAUGAUAUUUGCUUUAGUUUCUUUCACCAAAAUAUUGUUGACCUACUGUUGCUGCCCAUCUAACAGUAGCGAUUUAUAUUUUACAUGCAAAUGCUCAAACUCAUACUACCUAGCUGAUAGUAAAGUAUGUGUGAAUUCAUGCCCUUCACUAUUUGGCUCAAAUGCAAAUUAUGGAUUUGGCUAUUCAUGCAGCAUGCCCAAUAGUAACAAUGCAAUUUUAUUCACACUAGAAUUUUUAAACAUUCAAGAUUUGACUGCCACAUAUAUUGCAAGUUCCACAUCUGCUUCUGAGCACUUCGAAAAUCCAGGAUCAAUUUCAUAUAAUUCAGCAACUCAAAAUUCUCCUCUCCCAACAGUCGAUCGUGGCUUUUAUUUCGCUACGACUUCAAGUAUCACUAGUAAUCAAAGUCAUGUUCCUGCUUUGUAUUUCACAUUAAAUUUAUGGAUUAAGCCUUUAGACAGUGGAGAAAUUUUAAACGUCCUUUUGAGCUCGAGCUCAUAUAUAAGGAUAUGGACAGAUUCCUCUGGUGUUUAUAUGUUUAGUGCAAUUGUCUAUAAUACAAGCAGUGGCUCAAUUUCUAUAUCUGGAGCUAGCACUUCAAGCUAUAUCUCGUCAUGACAUCAAGCAUCAAUAAUUCUAAAUCAAUCUUCAUGCUCUGAAGCAACCAUAAAUUUUUAUAUAAAUGGGUCUAAUGUUGGAACAACAACCUCAAGCAGCACUGAAGCAAAAUUUUCAGGUACAGCAACGUAUACGUGGACUUUUGGGAAUUUGAGCGGAGGAAACUCUUUUAGAGGGUUCAUUUAUUGACUUCAGGCAAGAUCUGAUACAAAUCGAAAUUAUGGGACAAUGAGUAGUACUAUUGAUUGUGUUGAUAAUCAAUAUUGAGAUGGGUCUGCUUGCCAAAACUGUGGCUCGGGAUGUCCCACUUGGCCUUGGUGCGUUAGAGGCUCAAGUUGUGAUAUUUGUUAUUCUCCUGAUUGCAGUUCUUGUUAUGGAUACUCUUUAUCAAUGUGUACAGCAUGCACUACAGGAAUAGUUCCAGGAUGCUGUGAUUAUUUUGGUGCAACUUGCACCCAAACCUGGACAAAUACUGCAUGUAUUAGUGGAAAAGUUUUAAUUGGAGGAAUUUGCCUAUAUGCAUGCCCAUAUGGAUUCGGAAGUUGUACAGCUGUUUCUACAGCCGUUUUGACUGCUGAUUUUACAGGCUCAUUUGCAGGAAGCUAUGGAACAGCUUUGACUACUGCCACAGGUUCUUCAAGCUAUAAUUAUUGGAAUUCUCCAGAAUCAUCUGAUCCAUUCCCUGCAAAAUGCAGAGGUUUUUAUUUCAAUUCCAACCAAUAUUUAAGUGGGUCUAUAAAUCUUUCUAACACUUGAAGUAUGAGCCUAUGGGUGCUAGUUAACUCUGGGACAAUUAUAGGUCAUAGCUCAAAUAAACUUAAUAUUGGUUCUACCGGAAUUAAUUUUUACUUAGAAAAGUGGGAUGGAACGUCUACAAGCUACUCAGCUUCACAAUCUAUAACUUCAAAUGUAUGAAGCUACAUUUCUUAUUCAAUCGGGUUUUCCAAUAAAGUGACUACAGUAAUUCCUUACCUUAAUAAUAUAGCUGGAACAGCAGUAACUGUUACAGAUUAUGUUUUCAGAUUGCCAUCAGGAGGAGUAUUAUAUAUUGGCAAAGGUUCAACAAAUUUUAGCGGGUUUAUUGCUUAUUUUAUACUUUGACAAGUUGAAAUUAGCGAUUUUUCUUCUUCUUAUAGCAUAAAUACACUGACAGGAGGUUCAUUAUCAACUUUAUGGCCGUGUGACUAUUCUCACUAUUAUGAUGGAUCUGUAUGUCAGCCAUGCUUAGGCUCUUGCACAAUUGGCUGUACUAGAGGAACCUCUUGCUAUAUUUGUGACGAUUUUUUAUGCGCUCAAUGCUCCUCAUUUUGGUCAGGAGCUUGCACUUCGUGUAUUUCUAAUGCUUCUGGGUCUCCAUGCUCAUGUAAUUCUGGAUUUUACCAGCCUGAUGCAAAUCAAGCUUUAUGCUCAGCUUGUUAUGCGGGAUGCGCUCAUUGUACUGGCUCAUCUUACUAUUUAUGCACUUCCUGCACCUCUAGCUCUUAUUUUUAUAAUAGCAAUUUUUGCCUUUCAAGCUGUCCUACAGGUUACACCGAAAACUCAUAUACAAAAACUUGUGUUUUUUCUUCAAAUAUUGGAUUAAGUAUAAUUUUUUAUGACAAAAUAGUGCUUGAUUCAAUUUCAGGAAUUUCAGUUGGAUCUUCUAAUACAAACACUUAUCCGAAUUAUGAUACUAACGAUCCAUACCCAGCCUAUUUAAGAGGAUACUAUUUUACUGGCACUACUUAUCUCACAACCAACACAGUGAUUGGACCAUAUUUUUCUAUUUCUGUUUGAAUUUAUCCAACUUCUGCAGGCACAAUAGUCUCUAAAACUGUUUCUGGGGGCGAAAUAUUUUGCUUUGAAAUUUUAAGUUCUGAGUACCCUCAACUUUCAAUUACUUUAAGCGACUCCUCAGCACUAUCUGUAGCUUUAUCAUCAAGUGUAUUGAAUGGCUGAAACUUUAUUGCAUUUACAGGAAUAAUCGAUACAGGCUAUGUAACAACAAUAAGCUCAUAUUUUAAUUCGAUACCAAUAGAUACAGGCUCAUCAGUAAGCCAAGUUUAUUUUCAGGAUCUCAGUUUAGGAACUCUUUAUAGUCAAUUGCACUAAAUUGGUUAUUAAGGAAAAAACAGAACCUUUCAAAGCAAGCUCAGGCUGGGCCAAAAAUGCCCUUAUGGGCCAGUUUAAUAUAACUGACUAUAUAUUGGAACAAAAUCAAGUUUAAACAGUGGUUUCACAGGUUUUUUAUAUGAUAUAAAUAUUUAUAAUUCAGAAACUUUGAAACUUAGUGACUAUUCGACAUCAAGUUGUACCUCUCCAUGCUUGAGUUGCCCUAGUGAUUAUAAUUGUCCAGAUACCUGCCCUUUAUCACAAUAUUACGAUGGUUCAGCCUGUGUAGAUUGUAUGGGAACUUGUACAAAGGGAUGCAGACAUAGCAACACUUGUAGAUUAUGUAAAACAGAGCAGUGCUAUGAGUGCACCUCUUUUUCUGGGUCUUGCUCAAGCUGCAUCACUAAUGCAGAAGCUGAUGGAACAGGAGGCUGCCAAUGCAUGACAAGCGCUAUUUGAAACUCUAAUACAGCUAAUUGUGAUUUAUGUGAUGCACUUUGUUCUGUAUGCACACAAACGACUUAUUUUGAGUGUAGUACUUGCAUUUCAGGGAAACAAUUGGUAGGGAGCAUAUGUUUGAAUGACUGCCCAUAUGGCUAUGGGGCUUCCUGUACUUUAGUCUCAACUCCAGUGAUUGAUCAGUCUCUGAAUACUGAUUUCCAAGGUUCUUAUGGAAUUUUUACCACUGGAACGUCAUCAAGCACAUACCAGCCCUUUGCAAAUCCUGAAUCUGUCGAUCCUAUUCCUGCAUAUGAUAGAGGUCUAUAUUUUAAUGGGGCCACCUACUUAUUAUCCUCAAUAUCUGUUUAUCUUUCUCAUAGUUUUUCUAUUGGGCUAUGAAUAUAUGUAAUAACUGAUGGUGAUAUACUAGAAAAAGAAGCAAGGCUUAUUUUAUCUUCAACUGGAAGUAUAACAGCUGUUAUGGAAGACCCUAUGUACAUAAAAUGGUAACCUAACUCCCCCCUCUGUGAGUGAAACAAAAAUUUUUUUAAUAAAAAAUUCUUCAUGAAAUAAAAUUUUGAUUUAUAAGCGAUAAUUAUUAUUAGGAAACCUCUAGCUAAUUCUGUUUAAUUUUAAACAAAUUGCUUUUUAAAAUAUAAACUUUACAAAUUAAGUACAUACUUAUUUUUCAAUUUUUGCGAAUUUGGAUUUUUUUAAAUUUCGAAAAAAAUUUUACUAUAUAAAAAUUUUUAAAAAAAGCAAUUAACCCCUCUGUGAGCGAACAAAAUUUUGUUAGCUCGUUCACGGAGGGGAGUAAGCGAAUCGACCUCUUGACACAAUUUUCUUAACCUCAUGGCUACAAAGAAUUUGGAAAAACUGGCUGAGAAUUCAGUCUGACUUGAAAUUAUGUAUAUUAUAAGAGAGGUUUAGGCUCGGUCUUAUGGUUGCAAAGAAAUAACUUUCAAUGUCCUCUGGAACCCGAAGAUAGAUCUCACUGCGAUAUUAGGGUUGCAGCCUGGGCUAUGAAUGCUGAGUCUUUUUCUUGUACAUGCUGAGGGGAUGCAUUCAUCACCCAUUAGACUCUGGGCUAUUUCCAAACCAAGCUACACCUCUAAAGUACCUGAUUCAGACUGCAGAAACCCAUAAUCCACCUACUUGGCACUGGAGCCCUAACAAAAACAACUUGCACGCUUAUUCUUCCCUGGCAUAAGAGGAUCUAGAUAAGCAGAAAGGGUGUCAGAGCAUUCUACCAGUCAUCAUCUGAUUCGGCCACACAAAGGUGUCGGCGUCACAAGAAGACAAACUCUUCAGGGCCCUUGAUGACUGAGUCAAUAAGGCUAUGUCUACCUGUUAAUAUAUGGAAGACCCUACGCAAGCAUUAUCAACUCAAGCUUUAUCAGCACCAUCUACAUUGGCUUCAGGGGGCUGAAGCUAUUUGUCAAUAACUUUUGAAUACACCUCUGAUGCCACAACUAUAACAGACUUCUAUUUUAGCUCAAUGGAUCAAAGCUUAAGUAUUUCAAAUUAUAUUUAUAGAGACGUCACUUCAACAAACUUAAUGAUUGGGAAAAGCAGCUCUUCUGGCUUUGUUGGGUUUAUUAAUAAUUUUCAGCUGUGGAAUGUGCCUAUUAAUAAUUUUUACAGUUAUAUGAUUACAUUUUGUGACACUUGCUUAUGAAAUUGUGAUUUGUCAAAUUAUUAUGAUGGAUCUUCUUACUUAUCUUGCAAUUCCUGCAGCAAAGGAUGCGUCAGAUCAGGAACAUGUAAUCUUUGUGAUGAUGUUUUAUGCUCGAUUUGCACAGGAUUUGGCUCAGGCAAAUGCACUCAAUGUGUAACUAAUGCAAGUGGAGCUCCUAAUGCAUGUGUCUGCAAUUCUGGAUAUAUAGUUUCAUCAGAUGGAUUCUCAUGCUUGGCAUGCUCAAGUGGAUGUUCAGAUUGCACUGAUAUACCUCGCGUACAGUUAUGGCUGGACCUUAACUCCCCUUUUCAUUAACACCACCCGAUUUUUUUUUAAAUAAAACAGGAAAAAGAAAAUGGCAAGUUCAACACUAUUUUGACGAGUCAUAUUGAACUGUUAGGGGGUUAAGGAGGGGAAGUGAGUCAAGGUCAGUCUAUAGCCGUGCUCAUGCUAUAUAACCUAUCAAAAAUGCACCUCAUGCUUUUCUGGAUUUUAUUUCUUUUCUUUAACUGGACAAUGCUUAAGUGAGUGCCCAACUGGGUAUACUGCAAACUCAGGUACAAAUGCUUGCGAUUUUUCAACAAAUUUAGCUAUCAGUCUUGAUUUAACAGAUCAGGUCCAUCUUGACACUGUUUCUAGUUUUAGCAUAGGCUCUGUGAGCGCAAAUGUUUAUCCUAAUUGAUCUGAUACAAAUGACCCGAUUCCUUCUUAUAAGCGAGGCUAUUAUUUUCACCUAAACGACUAUAUCCAUUCUACAGUCAUGAUAUCACCAUCUUUCUCAAUUUCUAUAUGGGCUAAGCCAUUGGGAGCUGGGAUUCUUAUGACUAAAUAUACUUCAUCAGAAAUUUUAAAAGUAAUUAUAGACUCAUCAGGAUACCCUCAGCUUUCUAUAUAUUUUUCAGACUCGUCAUUAACUACUUUAUCAGCCUCCUCAAGUAUUAUUAAUAAUUGGAAUUUUUUAAGCUUUACAGGACAAGUUCAAACUGACGGCAAAACUACUUUAAACCUCUAUAUAAACGCAACCUUGAUUAAUUAUAUUACCACUUCUGCUUUAAUUUAUUUUAAAGAUACCAUUUCAGGGACUCUUUAUAUAGGAAAUGAUGAAAAUCAUGUAGCAUCAGGACACUAUGGGUUUAUAGCUAGAGUAAUGAUAUAUAACUCUUAUACUUAUCAGACAGAUGACUAUGCAACCUCUUCAUGCAACACUGGCUGUGCUUCUUGCCCUUCAAGUCUUCAAUGUUUAAGUAACUGUGCAUUAAAUGAGUAUCCAGACAGCUGCAAACAAUGCCUGACAAGCUGCGUACAUGGAUGUGUUAGCGAUUUAGCAUGUGUGCUUUGCAGGGAUAAAGAAUGCUACUCAUGCACCACAUUUGAUGGAGAAUGCACAAGCUGCAUUACAAAUGCUUAUAAAGUAAAUGGUCAUUGUCAAUGCUCAACAAAUGCAGUAUGAGUUUCUAGUCCUCAGAGCUGUGAACUUUGUGAUUCAAUUUGUUCUACUUGUUCAAGCCCUGAAUUUGAUAGCUGUCUUAUAUGUGCAUCAGGGUAUUAUUUGAUUCAGUCUUUGUGCAUGCCAUUUUGCCCUAUCGGCUAUACAUGCUUCUUAGUUAAAUAAUUAAUUUUUAAAGUCUCAGACGGCCACAGGCUUAGCCUUUUUUUGGGCCAGCUGGUGACGUUAUCAAGCUCGAAAAUGGAGAUAUAGAAAAUUCCUGGGGAUAACGCGGAAUACGCUAUCCCCAGGACCCAACCGGGAUCGGAUCCCACAUGGAACGAGGGUUCCAUGUGUGGAUCCAUUUUUGACACGUGAAAGUAAAUAUCUCACAUGUCAAAAAUGGAUCCACGCAUGGGACCCCCGUUCCAUGUGUGGAUCCGAUCCCGGUUGGUCCUGGGGAUAGCGUAUUCCGCGCUAUCCCCAGGAAUUUAGUAUAUAUGUGACAGUGAUUCAGCUUAUACUAAUUAUUUUGUUUUUAAUUUAAUGCCACACCAAAUUAAAGACAUAGUUAAUGAUUUGGAGUCAAAUAUUCCAGUGCUUACUGGAAAAGAUAAUACAUUUUAUCCUACUUAUGAUUCGACUGAUCCCAUAGCAGCUAUACAUAGAGGCUAUUAUUUUACUGGAUCAUCUUAUAUGCAGCUACCUCCUUAUUCAAGUAUACCUUUUCCUGUCUUAGAGUUUAUAAAAUUAAAUAUUGAGUUUAUCUGUUCAAUUAAUAAUGUUUAAUAAAUAUUAUUAAUAAGUCUUAUUUUGUUUACUCAUCUAACUUGAAGUAAAAAUUAUAUAUUUAAUGAGAAUAAGCAUUUACAUAUAGGAAAUAUUUACCUAUUUUAUAAAAUUUAGAUUAGUUUAAUAAAUUUUAUUUCAAGUAAUUGUAUAUCAUAUAUAUAAAAAUAUUUAAUAUUUUUAAAUUCUGACUAUAUUCAAUUAAAAUUGCAUACUCCACCACCAUUGCUAACGUUUUCUCCAAAAUUUGUAAUUUCAGCAUGAAUUAUGCCAAUUUCUGAUACAGGUGUUAUUUUUUCAAAACAAGACAAUGGAUCUUUCGGCGCAUAUAUAACAUUUGAGCUAAAAAACAAAUUUCCAUCACUUACUUUAACUCUGCGAGAUACCACUAUUAUUACUUUUACAAGUUCAAAUCUUUCACUAAGGGCUUCACUUUCUCAGUGAAAUUUUAUUUCAGCAGUUUCAGAUGUCAGCACAACUCCUAAGCAGUCAAUUAGUCUGACCACAAAUACAAAUAUUGAUAGCUCAGGAGACUUGCAUCCAAGCUGGUUUGUUGAUUUAGAAAACUCAUUUUUAAUAACAAUUGGAGCAAGUUACUUAGACUCUUCAAAUCUACAAUCUUUCUUUAAUGGGUUUUUAUGAGAUCUAAAAGUCUAUAAUACUUUGUCUGUAACUUCUUUAACAUUAACUACUUGCAUAGGAUGUUCCUUAUGCCCAAUUGAUAACUCUAAUGCUUGCUUGUACAGUUGCAAUAUAGACAAAUACUGAAGUGGUAGCAGCUGUGCAUCAUGCUUAUCUGAAUGCUCAAGUAAGGGCUGCGUAAGAGCUGAUAAAAAUUGCAACCUUUGCCAAGAUGUCAUAUGUGAGAUCUGUGACGACUAUACAAGCACAUGCAUUACUUGCAAAACAAACGCAAGUUUAUUAGGGACAAGCUGCCAAUGCAACUCAGGAUACUAUUGAAAUACUAAUAAUGAGAGCUGUGAGGUAUGUGAAUCCACAUGCAAAACUUGCAAAGGGUCAACUUACUUGGAUUGCUUAACAUGUGCUGAUGGACGUUACAUAGUAUCAGGAAUUUGCACACUUAGCUGUCCUUUGGGAUAUUCAAAGUCUGCAACAGCAUGUACACUUGUUGAGGAAAUGAUUUUUGAUUUAGAUUUGAAUACUCUGAGUGUUCUGAAUGGAGUAAUUUAUGAUAAAGCCAGCUCAAUUCCAGUUGUAACUGGGUCUACCAAGCAGUUUUAUCCAGAUUAUGAGGCUGAUGAUCCUAUUCCUGCUUAUUUAAGAGGUUUCUAUUUUAACGGGAAAUCUUCAGUUUUAAGGUUGCCUGAGUACUCAAACUACACUUCACCGCAGCUUGUAAUCGCUUCUAAUUUUACUAUUUCUAUAUGGUUAAACGCCGAAACUACCUAUUCUGCAAUACUCUCAAAACAUAAUAUCUCUGAUAAUUACUCAACAUUUUUAUACUUACUUAUUCCCUCUUUAAAUUGGAACAAAAAUAUCAGUUUCAAUUUAAAGGGAUAUUUUUUUUAAAAUUAUAUAUAAAAUUUUUUAAAAAUAUAUUGAAUAUAUAUAUAUUUUAUAAAGAGUUCAUUCACAUAUUUAAUAAAUUCAGCUUGCUAAGAGUUUUAAAUAGCAUUCUACUUGAGCUCUCUCCAUUAAAGUGUGCCAAAGCAAUUUAUAUUGAAAUUAUUAUACUAUUAAAUUUUCCCAAUAAAAAAUUAAAAAUUUAAAGGGGUGUUUAAUUUACCAAAAACAAUGAAAAUUUUAUCUAAUUUAAAGGGGGGCGUUAAAUUAAUUAUUGAGAGUCCUUUGCAGGUUCACAGGUGACUCCUACUCCUCUUAACCAUUAUCGUACCACCACUUGCAUGCAGUUCGCACAAACCUUCACUGUGCUACUCCUUUGGACAAGGGCAUGAACUUCCUCGCUUGCUAAUGUUUAGUCUUUCAGAAAAUUUUAAAACCGAAUUUUAUCAUCUUUUUUUAGCACGAUGAAAAUAAGCGGACCAGAGCGCAAUGCCUGCUUUUGUACUAGAGAAAUGAUUGAUUGGUCUCUUACUCUUAUAGCCCCUUUUUCCAACUUUCAAGUUUUAUCAUCUAUAAGAAAUAAUUAAUCUGGAUGUUAGACUGAACUGUCACCAAGCUUUUUCAUUUCACUAAUUAGCCAAAAACCACCUGAAUGCACACUUCUACAUUCGACAAAGUCCUUGGUGUUUUGUGAAGCCUGCAGGCUGCAGGAACUGAGACAAGGGCUGCCAUUUUAAUAUAGAUUUCAACAUUUUACGCAAUUUAUAUAAUAAGCAGUAAACCAGCAAUUCUAAUUACUAUAGAUUCUUCGCCAAUUGUUUUUAUGUGCCAAGGCUUACUAAAUAAUUAUGAAUGAAGCCAUCUAGUAUUUACUUUAGAAAACAUCCAAAGCAGUUCUAAUAUGCUGUCUUGCUAUAUAAAUGGAAUAUUUGACUCGUCUGAAGCGGCAGGAUCUAAAGCUUUGCAAGAUCAAGGACUAUAUACCACAAUGACUAUAGGCGCUCAACUAAGCUCAUCAGCAGUUUAUAAUUUCUAUCAAGGCUUCAUCUAUAAAAUUCAGAUAUUUAAUGUAAUAAAAGCUAUAUCAAGCUUGUCCACAACUUCAUGCACAGAAAGCUGCAGUGUGUGCCCAACAGACCAAAAAUGCAUUCCAAACUGUAAAAUUAAAGAAUAUUGGGCUGGGCCAGCUUAUAAUAAGUGCUAUCAAUGCAACGCGAAGUGUAAGAACAGCUGUAGGGACUGAAGAUCUGCUUGUUCUCUAUGUGAUAAUUUAUUAUGUGAAGAUUGCACUGAUUAUUCAGCAGCAGGAUGUGUGGCCUGCAAAGAAAAUGCUACCAACACUGAUUCAUGUAUAUGUGAUGUAAAUUAUGUGCUGGAUACUUCUAAUAAUAGCACUUGUAUAACAGUUGAAGCAGGAGGAUUUAGAGGUUCUGAUGGAAUUUUAUAUUCAUGUCCAAACUACUGCACUAAUUGUGAAUCUCUUACCCCCCAAAAACCAUCGGAAAAUGGAUAUUUCGGGUCAAUUAAGAUAGAAGAAAAUAAAACAGUGAUGGAAAUUAGACUCCGAGACACAUUCCUUAUGGAGUAUGCAUGGUCGGGCCAAUCCUGAUGAAGUGGGGAGCGGGGGCCUCUGUCCCUUUCUGAAGUAGGCCAUCAGGCUUAGGAAGCAUUGUCGAAAAGGGAUAUUUUGUUUCUCCCCAAAGGUUUUCCUGUCUCAUCCGGAUCGGCUAGAUAGAUUUUGCCUUCUACGUGAUCUUUCAUCAUUGAGGUCAUUAGGGCACUCCAGAUUGUGGAUCUGCCCUAGAGAGCUAAUUGCUUAGACAGGUGGCUCAGGAUGGAAACCGACAUUAUCAGCCUUCCAUUUACCUCCUUUGAGCUCUGAAUUCUAUGAAGACUCUUGCUUUUUUGCUGAGAUAAGACAAAGGCUAGAGGUUUACUCCGCUUAUGACCGGCUUAAUUUUUAACUUAACUUGACCUUAAGAGAGAACAAAAUUAUAAAAUAGUUUUUAUAUAUUUGAUAGCUUUUAAUUUAAUUUAGCACAGCUUAUAUUAUUAAAACAUAAAAUAUAUGAAUUAAAUAAAUUUUUCUGUAAAAAAAUUCAUAUAAUUUAAAAAACAACUUUAAGCUGCAAAAAGCUUGCCCACUCUUAAAAGAGGGAUACCAAAAUGUAAUGCUUGCGUUGAAAACGCAAGCUUGAAAAAUGAUCUAUGCUACUGCAAUUUAGGCUAUAACGGGACCAAAAACUGCACACUAGUUCCUUUUUCAGUAAAAAUCACUGUUCUUUCAGACAAUUCUCUAUACUUGAUAUUUUCUGAAAGCCUAGCUAGUUCUCUUACAAUAGAUGAAUUCACGAUUACAGUUGAAAACAAAGAAGUUUCUUUUAAACUUGAACAGAUUAAUAAUACCUACUAUUACAUUUCUUUGACUAUUUCUGAAGCAAUUUCUGGCGGAACUUUAGCAACCCUUGAGUUUUUAAAUCUUACAGAAGUGAGAUCUGCUUCAAAUGGAGUAUUAAAUUCUUCAGAAAUCUCUGCAUCACUGAAUUCUUAUGAUCCAGCACCAUAUUCUCCAGCUAUUGCUGCAGUGACAUCACAAGCAGCUGCAGGUGUUCAGGGUGCGGUUUCGGGAGCUGUUGCUUUAUCAGUCAUAAAUCCAAGCCCAAGCUCUUUAUGAAGUAUGAUGAACAGUUUACAAAUUUUAAGCUAUUUGACUUUAUCCGGAAUUCCUUUUUCUAGCAAAAUGAGCACGUUUUUGAUAAAUUUGAAUUCUUUUAAUUUGUUUCCAAAUGCUUUUAGUUAUAUUAUUGAUAAAAAUGAAGGAAAUACUCCAUAUUCUCAAGCAAAAGAAUUCGGAUAUGACUCAGAUUUGAUUUUGAUUACUACAGGAAAUGAUUUUACAUUGAUAAUGGCUUCAUUAUUAGUUCUGCCUAUAAUUUGGUUCUUUUCGCAAUGUUCUUAUAGAUGGCUGGCCAAAAAAUUUAUGAAAACUAUUAAAGCUUAUCAAUUUGCAUUUUAUUUAAGAUUUUGAAUCCAAUGCUAUCUUGAAUUAGGAGCUGCUGCUAGCAUUGGUCUUGCUACACUUGGAUUGAAUAAUAUCACACAAAUUACUAAUUUUAUUAUAUGUAUAUCUAUUUGUGUGCUGUUAAUCGCCACUCCACCUCUGCAUUUCUGAUUUUCUUAUAAAAAUAAAAAUCGCAUCCAGUCUCGAGAAAAAACAUUCAACGCUCUAUUUAGUCCUCUAUUUUAUGAAUUUCGAGUUGAUAGAGGCCUCCUUGCUACACAGUAUUAUUUUGUAUUUUUUAUUAGGAGAUUUAUAUAUAUAGUAAACUUAGUAUUUUUGAGGGACUAUCCGCAGACAGAAGUAACUAUAAAUAUUGUUCUUUCUUUACUCCUAUUUACUAAUCAAGCAGGACUAAUUUUUUGUUAUUAAAGCUAUCUAAAUAUUUUUAAACAAAAAUCUAUUAUAAUUUUGUAAAAUUAUUUUUAAAGCACAAGCUGUCUAAAACAAUAUAAUUGCUUGUGAAUCAUUUUUAUAAUUAUUAAUUAUAGAUUAAAAUAAAGUUUAAAACCAAAAGAAUUAUAUUAAAAAAUAUUGGCUCAAAAAUGAAGGGAAUGGUUUUGUUUACUAAAUAAGAGUGAGAGCUAAUGACUAUUAUGCAUUUGAUAUUCUUCUGGCCGUUUGAAGACCCAGUGUUGCAAAUAAAUAAUUUAUUGACUGAAAUUAUGAUUGGCUUAGUAAUGAUCUCUUCAUCAGCUUAUUUAUUUAAUUUAGAUCAAGAAACUAUAUCAACAAUCGAAAAUGCAAUUGUUGCUAUUGUGAUUGGAGUUAUGAUUAUUCAAACUUUUUCUUCAAUAGCUAUUUUUGCAAGGACUCUUUAUCAGAUUAUUCAUCACAAACUUACCAAGGCAGGUAUCAUGAGAAAUCAUAUCCAGCCCUUUAAUGAUCAUCCCAAAAAAGUUGAAAGAUAA